AAACAAGCUAAGAUUGUUGCCAUGACUUGUACUCAUGCAGCAUUGAAGAGAAGAGACUUUCUUCAAUUGGGUUUCAAAUAUGACAAUUUACUGAUGGAAGAAAGUGCACAGAUAUUGGAGAUAGAGACUUUUAUACCAACUCUCCUGCAACGGCAGGAAGAUGGCUAUGCUCGUCUCAAACGUUGCAUUUUAAUUGGUGAUCACCAUCAGUUACCCCCUGUCGUGAAGAACAUGGCUUUUCAGAAGUACAGCCACAUGGACCAGAGUCUCUUCACAAGGUUUGUUCGCCUUGGUGUCCCUUAUAUUGAACUCAAUGCUCAGGGUCGUGCCAGACCUAGUAUUGCUCAGCUUUAUAAUUGGAGAUACAGAGAACUGGGAGAUCUGCCUUAUGUACAUGAGGAAGCUAUAUUCCAUAAAGCUAAUUCUGGGUUCUCUUACGAGUAUCAGCUGGUUGAUGUUCCUGAUUAUCGUGGCAGAGGCGAGUCUGCUCCUUCUCCUUGGUUCUACCAGAAUGAAGGGGAGGCUGAGUAUAUUGUUAGUGUCUAUAUUUACAUGCGUCUGAUUGGAUACCCUGCCAAUAAGAUUUCAAUAUUAACCACUUACAAUGGUCAGAAGCUUCUUAUUCGUGAUGUUAUCAGCAGACGAUGCAAGCCAUGGAAUAUUGAGCCACCUUGCAAGGUUACUACGGUGGACAAAUUCCAGGGUCAACAAAAUGAUUUUAUUUUAUUGUCUCUUGUCCGGACCCGAUUUGUGGGUCAUCUUCGUGAUGUCAGAAGGCUUAUUGUGGCAAUGUCCCGUGCUCGGUUGGGUUUAUAUGUGUUCUGCCGCUGUUCUCUGUUUGAACAAUGUUAUGAACUGCAGCCAACAUUCCAGCUUCUACUCCAAAGGCCCGAUAAGCUUGCGUUAAAUCUUGAAGAGUGCACUCCGUUUACAGAGCGACCUUUGGGAGAAGCUGGAAAUAUUCAUUAUAUUACUGAUGUUGAAGAUAUUGGACACUUGGUGAACUUCAGACUGGAACAUCUUCGCCAGAUGCAAUCCAUGCAAUAUUAUGCACCCCAUGCAAAUGCUGAUGCAGCCCCUCCUGAAACUGGCAAUGGUGAUAUUGUUUUGGAUAAUGCGAAGGAUGGCACAGAGAAAGAAAAUGGUGAGGCAACUGAUGCUGUGAACAAUGACAAGAUAGAGGAAGAUACUGUUGAGUCAAAAGAUGAUACGGUGCAGGAAGUAAACAAGAUGGAUGAAGGUAAUGUGACUAGAGAAGACAAGAUGGGGGAAGAAAGUGCUGAUGAGGCUAAGGACAAGAUGGUGGAAACUACUGCUGAAGUGGCUAUUGAGAACAACAUAGUGGAAGUAAAUGCCAAUGUGGCCAAGGACAAGAUGGACGAAGAAAAUGCCUUGUCAAAGGGCGUGGAGCAAGAUUGACCUGAUAUAAUCGUUGGCUGGUUGGGAUAGUGACCCUACAUUCAUUUUUAUGCACGGACUUUGUCUGCUUCAAAUAUUUGAUUUGGGCAACUGGGUGUUGUCUCACAGGGUAACAACGGAACUUGAGUUGCUGAAGGCCGAACCAAGGCAUGCAAAAACGUAUGGUCCUGUCAAAAGAACAUGCCUCCAUAUGCCACCUGUUUGAACCUUGAUCAGGUUAUAUGCAGGAGGCAUGUACAGAAGCUUCUGCAAUGAUAACUUCUCCAAUUCGAACAUAGAUACCCCAGAGGACAGCUGGAACAUUGGUGUUGCCCAAUUUUUGUGUAUUAGAUUUAUCUAUUGUAAUUUGAGCGAUAAUGUGAGUAGUCACAAUAAUCUAGGAGGCUUUUCAGGAUUUGAGUUUGUGCUAA